AUGUUGCUUAAAGACGAGCGAUGCGAAGGAGUAGUCCAUUCGGCAUGGGAUAUAAGUACAGGUGGUGAUCCAGUGUGUAAGGUAAUGAGGAAGGUUGGUGAGUGUCAGACACAACUUAAACUAUGGGAUAAAAAAGUUUUUGGGAAUGUCCAUAUAGCUUUGGCUCAAAAAAGGAAGCAAUUGGUUAAGGCUGAAAGUGAAUCCAUGGCUGGAAGGAGUCAUGCCCGGGUUAAAAUGCUUACUGAGGAAAUAUCCAAGUUGAUGGAGUUGGAAGAACAUAUGUGGAGUCAGAGGUCAAAAACAGAGUGGCUAAGGUAUGGUGACCAAAAUACCAAGUACUUCCAUUGUCGAGCAACUGAGAGAAAUAAGAAGAAUUUUAUUUCAGGGCUUGAAAAUGCGCAAAGGGAGUGGAUUGAGGGGGAGGAGCAAAUUGGGGAGAUGUUUAUUAGAUACUACUCAAAUCUCUUUUCCAUGGCUAACCCCACUAAGUUAGAUACGGUGCUAUGUGGGGUGGAACCAAGGGUGUCUAAUGCAAUGAAUAUUGAGCUGCUUAAGCCUUUUAGAAUGGAGGAGGUGCAAUUAGCUCUCAAGCAAAUGAAGCUGGAUACAACCCCAGGACCAGACAAGCUCCCUCCCUUAUUCUACAAGAAUUUCUAG